AUUGGUUGCUUCCGCCGCCUCUCUUCUCCUUCUCUCGCCUGUCCGUCGUUCACAGCCGACAUCCGAUCAUCUGCCUUCUGCAACUUCUUCUUCCGCUUUCUCCGUCGUUGCCCAGCUGAAGUGAACCAGGCGAGGCCCGUGAGAGGGUUCUUGAUCUAGGGUUUUGAUAGUAUUUGAUUCAAUUGCAGGAGAAAAGCUCCAAUUUUUAGUUGUCAAACCGAACAUGUCUUCCCUGAGGAACGCCAUCCCAAGAAGGGCUCACAAGGAGCGGUCUCAGCCGCAAGCGAGGAAGAAGUUUGGGCUGCUAGAGAAGCACAAGGACUACGUCGUCCGAGCGAAGGCCUUCCACAAGAAGGAGGAGACCCUGCGGAAGCUCUGGGAGAAGGCGGCUUUCAGAAAUCCCGAUGAGUUCUACUUUAAGAUGAGUAAGACCCGAACGGUCGACGGAGUCCAUAGACCCCAGAGCGAGGCAAAUAAGUAUACUCCUGAGGAGCUGAUGCUUAUGAAGACUCAGGACAUCGGGUAUAUUCUUCAGAAAGUGCAGAGCGAGAAGAAGAAAAUUGAGAAACUCACUGCAACUUUGCACUCUCUCGAUAAUCAAUCAUCAAGCAGACAUGUUUACUAUGCCGAGGAUAGGGAGGAGGCUAAAGAAAUACAGUCUCGAUCUUCUAAAAGUGGGGUAUUGCCCGCUUCAGAGGACAUUCCGAAUCAUAUCAAAAGGAAAACAGCUGCUUCGUACAGAGAACUAGAGGCUAGAACAAGUAGAGUAAAUGAAUUGGAGAAAAUCUACAUGGAUAUGGCAAUGCAGAAGGAACUACAGAAGAAGGGUAGGAAGCGGAAACUUCGCGAGGAUGAAAUCGUCUGCCCAACAUCAAAACCUGUAUACAAGUGGCGAACGGAACGGAAGCGCUGAAGAUGGACGACUAUUAUCUGUAUUGUUUCGGCUUAUAAUGGUUCACCAGAUUAGAGGAUCUUCUAGUUAAUAUUUGGUUGAGAAAUUAUCUUUGCAGCUGCAAGUUGAAAUUUUGAUGCUAUAUCAGAGACUUUCCCAAAUUCAAUUUUGAUGUCAUAUCACAGACUUUCCCAAA